GAAAUGGCGCGUACGAAGCAGACGGCGCGUAAGUCGACGGGCGGGAAGGCGCCCCGCAAGCAGCUGGCCACCAAGGCGGCCCGCAAGAGCGCGCCGGCCACGGGCGGCGUGAAGAAGCCGCACCGCUACCGGCCCGGCACAGUGGCGCUGCGCGAGAUCCGGCGCUACCAGAAGUCGACGGAGCUGCUGAUCCGCAAGCUGCCCUUCCAGCGGCUGGUGCGCGAGAUCGCGCAGGACUUCAAGACCGACCUGCGCUUCCAGAGCUCGGCCGUGAUGGCGCUGCAGGAGGCGAGCGAGGCCUACCUGGUGGGGCUCUUCGAGGACACCAACCUCUGCGCCAUCCACGCCAAGCGCGUCACCAUCAUGCCCAAGGACAUCCAGCUGGCCCGGCGCAUCCGCGGCGAGCGUGCCUGAGGUUCCUGCCGUGCCACC